AUGGGGACUGAUGAUAGAGUUCAAGUUAAAUCUCUUUCAAGGAACGAAAGCUCAGCAUCUUCUUCUUCAUCGUCAUCAUCAUCUUCUUCUCGGAACCGAGACCUUGGGGAUUCCGAACUCAUAGAGUCAUCGACACCUUUAAAUGUUCCAUUGACGACUACAAAUGAGCAGUCCUCAAAUAACAUGAUUGAAGAGCAAGCAUUAGAAGGUAACAUAUGGAAUCGGGUACCGUCGUCCAUUUUCAGUAGUAAACCUGCAGUGGAGUGGAGCAUUGCUUCAAAUGAAUCAUUGUUCAGCAUUCAUAUUGGAACUAACAGCCUCUCCAAGGAACAAUUUCUUUCAAUGUAUAAAACAGGAGAGUUUACCAAAUUAGACGAGCAGAUCAUCGCCCACGGCGAUGUGAUGCCUUCACUGAAAGAACUAGAAGAGAUGGCGGCGAUGGAGGAAAGUGUAGGCAAUGAUUGUUUGGAAGCAAAAGAAACGCCGACGAUGGUGGUCGGAACAAAUGAAGUUGCAAAGGAUGAUGACCAUAGCCAUGAAAUGAAAGUCCCAGCUGAGGUCCAUAAUUUAUGUACAAGUAGCGUCUCUGGUAUUUCUGAUGAGAGUACCUUUUCCUUUGUAUUCCCUGUGCUGAGUGGCACCGAAGGGCAAGAGCAAGGGCAAGAGCAAGAUCCAGAACCAGAACCGGAACCGGAGCAAUGUACUGAAGAACCGAAACCACAAACUCCCGAAAACGCUACAAGUCCAAGCUGGUUUUCCUGCUUCCGUUGCUUCAGCAAUCCAUGA